AUGGCGUGUCCAUUCCUGCAAGAUGUGGUGGAUGAAGAAGCACUUGUGCUCAGGAGGGCCUUCAGGCGGGAGAGGGUGUUCAGGGACCAGUUGGACCCACUGGCCUUCCCUGAUGACCAUCUACAUGAGAGGUACAGGUUCUCAGCAGAUGGAAUCAGGUAUUUGUGCAGACUGCUGGGUCCCAGGAUUCAAAACCGCACAGCACGGAGCCAUGCACAGUGUGGAGCCUUCCUUUACUCCGUGGGGGAUGCAGAGCGGCUUAACAAGGCCACAGUUUGCCGCACUAUAAGGAGUGUUGUGGCAAUCACAGCAUUAUCAGAUGUGUUCAUCACCUUCCCUGGCCACAGAAGACUCCGUGACAUCAAAGAGGAGUUUUAUAGGAUUGCAGGUUUCCCCAAUGUCAUUGGUGCAUUGGACUGCACUCACAUAAGGAUCAAAUCCCCCUCAGGUGCCAAUGAGGCGGAUUAUGUGAAUCGAAAAUCCUUCCACAGCAUCAAUGUUCAGGUGAUAUUUCUGUGCCUCAGUCUGGGGGGUGGGGGGUGGGGGGGAUCAAUAGCGGAAGGUUGUAAUGAUGAGAUUUUGUGUUGUGUUGGUGUCUUGCUGGGAGACGAGGGGUAUGGCUGCCGGCCUUUUCUCCUGACACCCUUUACAGACCCCCAGGAAGCACAGCAGGCCUACAACCAUGCCCAUGCCAGGACCAGGGCCACAGUUGAAAUGACCUUUGGCCUCCUGAAGGCACGCUUCCAGUGUCUGCACACAUUAAGGGUCAGCCCUUCGAGGGCAUGUGACAUUACUGUGGCUUGUGCUGUCCUCCAUAAUGUAGCCUGCCUGAGGAAGGAGAGGGCCCCCAGAGUGCCACCAGCCAUGGACUGGGACAACCCUGCCAUCUUCCCUGAUGACGACAGUGGUCAGCUAGUGAGGGACCAAUAUGUGCUCAAUUAUUUCCGUUAA